AUGCAAAGUAAAGGUAAUUCCAAUUAUAAAUCAUAACUUACACAUGCUUCCAGAUAUUCGAUUCUUCUUUCUAAUAUUGUAAGUUUUUCAUUGAGGACAGCUAUUCUUGAUCUGCAAGACAUGUCUAACAGAAUAAAAUAAAUUAUAAUAAUGUUAGUUUUAUUUAAAGCAUUAUUGUCAGUUCAGCGAUCCAUGGAAAUAAUGAAGAAGAAAGCAGAAAGUUAUAAAAAUUUAUAUGAAUCAUAAUUAUCAAAAAAUACAUACUUUAUGUUAGGAAAUAAUUAGUUAUGAAUACAUCUAAAUGCAAGUUGACCAAUGGCGUUUUGUUUAAAAGUACAAAAGAUUAUUUCUUUUAUCAUAUAUACAAUGGGUUUUUUAAAUUAUUUGAGUAUGUAUUUUUAUAAAAUCAAGUUUAACAAAUUAACAACGUUUUUAGAUUUUAUGUUUUACAAUUUUACUCAUAAAUGUUAUAUUAUAAUGAUGCAGAUUUUUUCAUUCAUUUUAGAACUUUAUUAGUUCAUCAUAGAAGUUUUUUCAUUCAUUUGAUCUUUUGAGUGUAAUUCACUGAUUUUUUUCUAUCAUUAGUAUGUAAAGUCAUUUCUAAAAUCCUAUUUAUUUUUAUGAUGGUACUAUAUUUUUUGAUUUUAAGAUUAAAUUUAAAUAAAAAAUGAAAAUGGUUUAAUCAUGGUUUAAUCGUGAAUUAACUAUUAUGCAGUAACUAUUUAAAUAUAUUAUAAGAGAAAUGCGAGAUAUCGUUUAUUUUGCAAAAUAUUUUUUAAAUAUUCCAAAAUAAAAUACAUUAUCAAAUAUAAAAAUGUUAAAUAAUUACCAAAGGAAUUGAGAAAAUCGGUAAUCUUUUUGAUGCUACCGGUUAUAACUUCGAUAUAUUCUCGAUUUGCCCAAUCCUGUUGAAUUUGUUUUUGGAUAGCUUCUCGAUGUACGGCAGCCAUCUUUGAAGUUUUGUGAUAUUUGAUCAAAUUAAUGUUACAUAUAUUGCACAUUAACCAUAAGUUCUUUAGUGCAUUUUUUAAAAAAUAUUUUUUAUAUAAACUCUUUAGAUACACUUACGUGUUAACACAGAAUCAUCACUUUUUACUAAUAUAGAAUAUUUGGAAUAAGAAUAAACAAUGAACUAAUAUGAUGUAUAAUAUAUAUAACAUUCCUAAAUAAUACAUGUAAACACGUCUUUUAAUAAAUUCAUUUAUUUAAACUACGUAGAUUGCAUUGAUAUAUUAUUCACAUAAAUUACAUUUAUGUACAUAUAUUUUCUAUAAAGGAAAGUUUAUUUACGUUUCGGUAAAAUUCCUUAUUAAAAGUUACAAAAUUUAAUUACUAAGUUAUAUUAUGUAUAGUUAAAUAUUUUUGAAUUCAAUGCAAUUUAAAAUCGCAACAUAUCAUUGUAAAUCAUAGAUAUGUAAUUUUCAUUCAUGUUCUGUAUCAUUUUUCUUUCUUUUAUUUAUUUGAAAUUUUGUAUUAUUUGUGUGUAAUAAUUAAAAAUUUAGUUUAAGAUAUAUAUAUAUAUAUAUAUAUAUAAUGAGUAUAUUAAAAAUGAACCGUUAAUUAUUUUUAGGUGCAUCUUUAAAGUGUUUAAUAAACUUCUAAGAUGUAUUUAGGAGCAUCUUUAAAGUUUAAUAAAUUUUGACAAAAAAAUAUUUCCCGUACAUUGUAUUAUUUCAUAUUGCGUUUUUUUUUUCUUAUUAUUUGAUAAUAUUUAAGUUUAUAUAAUUUAUUUGUAGCAAAAAAAUAUAAUGUAUUUUAUACAAAUAGAAAUUCGCCAUUUUUCAUAUUUGUAUGCACUAUGGUGACGAAUUUCGCAGUAAUGUGUAUUUGAUACAUGUUGAAUACAAUCCGUGUAAAUACAUAUUUUUAUGGUCUAAAUUGAGCAAGCUAUUUUUAAUUAUAAUUGCAUAAAUUAAAAUUAAUUAUUAAUUAAUUUCGAGUGAUCUGUUAACAAAAUAAUUAAAAUUUUUGUGAAAACUAAUUUUGUUGACGAAAAUGUACAUAUUUUUAAUACAUGUAUAAACAUAUAAGAAAAUAUUGCUGUAAAAUUUCUACUAUUUGAAAAUAAAAUUUAAAAGUUUAUAGUAUAUAUUAAAUACAUAAAAGAUAGAAACAACAAUAUAUGGUUUAAGUUGAACGAUUUCUAUAACUUAAUGAAAGAAAUAAUAUUGAUAGAUUGACAACUAGAUUUUAUAAACACACAAUGUCGAAAACAAAGCUUAAUAUUUUACUAUAGAUUUUAUAUAUAAAAAUUUACAGAAUCUUUGUAUUGUCUAUUUUCAGAAUUUUUGUUUUUAUUAUAUAUAUAUUUUGAGGAGUGUAACAAGAGGAGUGUUAUGACUUUGGCAAGAUAUUGCUUUUUGUCAAUAGUUUAUUGUACAUCUUCAUUGUCUAAAAAGCUGUGGAUUCAGAAUCUUGGGAUAAGAUCAUAUAUAUCUCAAAGUACUUUUGCAUCACUAACUGUACCUCAACUAAACAGGAUAAAUCAGAGAUCAGUUAUAUUUUCAUUAUUUGCAAAUAUGGCAUCAACUAGUAAUGAUGAAAAUAUAAGAAUGCAGGAGAAAAAUCGUUUGAGUUUGGAAAAAUCACCAUAUUUACUACAACAUGCUACUAAUCCAGUUGAUUGGUAUCCAUGGUGUGAGAAAGCUUUAGAAAAAGCAAAGAUAGAAAACAAAUGUAUUUUUUUAUCUGUUGGUUAUUCUACAUGUCACUGGUGUCACGUUAUGGAAAAAGAAUCUUUCACAAAUAAAGAAAUAUCUGAGAUAAUGAAUAAGAAUUUUAUUAAUAUAAAAGCAACAAGUGGUCAUGGUGGAUGGCCAAUGAGUGUUUUUCUUACUCCUGAUUUAAAACCUAUCGUUGGAGGGACUUAUUUUCCCCCUGAAGACACAUCUAGACAAACAGGAUUUAAGACACUUUUACUCAAUGUCGCUCAUAAGAUACAUGAUGUACCUUUAUUAGAAUGUAGUAAAAUUUGUAUUCAACAACUGGUAAAUGAAUUUGAACCAGAAUAUGGUGGUUUUAGUUCGACAUACAUGCAAUCACCAAAAUUUCCACAGCCAGUAAAUUUUAAUUUUUUAUUUCAUAUGUAUGCACGUCAACCUAAUGAGGAAUCUGCACGACAUUGCUUGCAUAUGUCUGUAUAUACUUUAAAAAAAAUGUCUUUUGGUGGUAUCCAUGAUCAUGUAGGUCAGGGUUUCUCGAGAUAUGCUACUGAUAGCGAGUGGCAUGUCCCUCACUUUGAAAAAAUGUUGUACGAUCAGGGUCAAUUAAUGAAAUCAUACGCAGAUGCCUAUCUUGCAACAAAAGAUAAUUUUUUUGCCGAAAUUAUUGAUGAUAUUGCUACAUAUGUAAUAAGAGAUCUUCGACAUAAGGCAGGUGGAUUUUAUAGUGCUGAAGAUGCAGAUUCUUAUCCUACAUAUAAUACACAUACGAAAAAAGAGGGUGCUUUUUAUGUGUGGUCUGCAGCAGAAAUUAAGUCACUUUUGAGUAAAGAAAUUUCUGACGGAAGUCAUGUUAAAUUUUCAGAUAUUUUUUGUCAUCAUUUCAAUAUAAAAGAGUCUGGAAAUGUAAAAUCAUAUCAAACUGCUAAACAUGUUAAUCUAUCUGUUGAAGAAACUAAGACGUAUUUGAAAGAAGCAUGUUCCAUCUUAUAUAAAGCUAGAUCUGCAAGGCCACGACCUCAUUUAGACGAUAAAAUCAUUACAGCGUGGAAUGGUAAAAACACAUAUAAAAUUUUAAUUUUGAUCAUUAAGUUAAUAACCAACCCGGAUUUAGGUCUUAUGAUAAGUGGUUUAGCUUUUGGAGGAGCGGCAAUAAAUAAUAAACGAUACAUUGAGCGCGCGGUAGAUGCCGCAAAAUUUAUUAAGCAAUAUCUUUUCGAUGAAACUAAGAAUAUUUUACUUCAUAGUUGUUAUCGUGACGAGAAAAACGCAAUUACGCAAAUGAGUACACCUAUAUCUGGAUUUUUAGACGACUAUGCGUUUGUUAUAAAAGGAUUGUUAGAUUUAUACGAAUCUGAUUUGAACGACGAAUGGCUGGAAUUUGCCGAAAAAUUGCAGGAUCUCCAAAAUCAAUAUUUUUGGGAUGAAAAAAGUGGAGGAUAUUUUUCAACAACAUCGAGCGAUUCAAGUGUAAUUCUCAGGCUCAAAGAAGCUUAUGACGGAGCGGAACCAUCCGGUAACUCGAUUGCUGGCGAAAAUUUACUGAGGUUGGCAGAUUACUUUGAUCGUAGCGAGUUCAAGGAUAAAGCUGUUCGUCUUUUCGGAGCAUUCAGACAUUUGCUGAUGCAACGACCCAUUGCGGUUCCACAAUUAACAUCAGCACUUGUACGCUACCAUGAUGAUGCAACUCAGAUUUAUGUGGUUGGGAAACGAGGUGCCAAGGACACCGAUGAUUUACUUCAAGUUAUAUAUAAACGUUUGAUACCCAACAGGAUUCUCCUUUUAAUUGAUCCCGAUGAAACGGGUGGCAUGUUAUUACGUAAAAACGAACAUCUCAGAAAUUUGAAACCCGUGGAUAAUCGAGCAACAGCUUAUGUAUGCAAGCAUCGCACAUGUUCUUUGCCCGUCACGACUUCCGAACAAUUAAUAACAUUGAUAGGUGAACUGUAAUAAUUAAAAUUUUAUUUAAAUAAGAAUCUAUUAA